AUGGAAACUGUCUUGAAAACGGUUUUGGGCAGGGACUAUUUCAAACAAGUGGAAAAAUAUGGAGAUGAUUUGGAUGUUGACCUGGCUGAAGUCAUGCUGGAAACUAGGCUGAGAGCAUUUGACUGGAUUGUCAAUCAUGACCCCAUGCAGUUGGAGUAUGAUUCUCCCAACUUGGUCCAGCGGUUUCUGCUGGUACUCUUCUACUAUCAGACCACAAGGCACAAGCCAUGGAAAGUGUGCAACCCAGGAGCAACUAACCAAAGAAGCUCAACAACCAAUUUCUGCUACCAAAUACAUCCUGUAACUGGUGACAUUACAUUAGACAUCUGGGAUGAUCAGUGGCUCUCUGACAGUCAUGAAUGCCAGUGGGCUGGAGUAAUCUGCGAGAAUGCCCAAUCAGAGGAAAUGGCAGUCACUGACCUAAGCCUUGGACGGAAUCAUCUCAAUGGCCCUCUUCCCUGGGAGAUCACAAGAAUGCCACUCCUGGGAAUUCUACGGCUCGAGAACAACAUGCUGACUGGAACGCUGCCCCCAAGACUCUUUUCCAAGAAAGCCGGUUCUGGCCUGGAAACUCUUGUUUUGUCCUCGAAUCAAUUUUCUGGCACUAUUCCUGCAGAAUGGGUUGCAGACCUUCUUGAAGGAAGUGGAAAGCUUACAUUGCUGGUUCUGAAUAGGAACACUUUGACUGGGAUGAUUCCAUCAGAGUUGGGUCUACUCUCUUUGAAAUCCCUCAUACUCAGAAGCAACACUUUGACAGGUUCGAUUCCGCAAGAAGUCUUCAACCAAACUGCUCUACAGCGGCUCUAUUUGGGUCAAAAUGAUCUCACUGGGACAUUGCCAAGUGAAGUUGGACUGCUCACUAAUUUGAAAUACCUGAACUUGAACUACGCACAGAUUUCUGGUACCUUGCCCUCAGAGAUUGGCCUGUUAAACCAGUGUGAGGAGCUUGUACUCUCUAACACAAACAUGCAAGGGACAAUCCCUGAAGAACUCUACACUGGACUUAAUCCUGGGUAUUUGUACUUGGACGGGUCCAGCUUUAGUGGGACCAUCAGCCCAUCACUUGGCCUUUUGACAAAUCUCAUAAGGCUGGGCCUAGCCAGCAACCACUUCCAUGGGACCAUUCCCAAUGAGAUUGAUGCAUUGACACUUCUAACUGAACUUCUGGUGAAUGGGAAUGAUCUGUCUGGCACAGUUCCAGUCUCUUUCUGUCAUAAUCUUUAUGCUGGGGAAACAGGUUCCAAGGUUGUGGCUGACUGUUUGCCCAAUUCAGAAUCCGGAGUUCCUGUGAUCCAGUGUCCUUCUGAUUGCUGCACCAGUUGUUGUGAUGAAACAGGAGUUUGCCUUGCCACUUGA